AUGGCGACAUUCUCUUUAUCAGUCGAAAAUCUGUCAGAUGCAAAGGGUACUCAUGAAGGAAUCUCUGAUAACAAUUUUUGUUUAUCAGAAUGGGAAUACUAUAAAGAAAAAGUUUUCUGCAGAGAGGCUAUGGAAAUUGUUGUUCAAUUAAGAAAAUUGCCUCCCACUACUCAUAUCUUUGAGACGUUCAACGUUGUUGAUGUUCCCAUUGUGAAGGGCAAUAUUAUGCGAUUUAGUUUACAAGGCUUUUUUCGCGAUGCAUCCAUUAAUAUAAAAAAUUCAUUAACUGAUGCAUCUUUAUCAGUACUUCCGCGAUACUUCUGCCGCGAAUUCGUCCUUAUCGAUAAGGGUUGUGGAAAAAUUGCAAUCAUCAAUGACACAUUAUUCAUCGCUAUUGGCUCUUCCAAACGAUUGGAAGAUUAUAAAGGCAUUUUAAGAAAUAUGAUUGAAGAAAGAAGAAGAAAUUAUGCGGAAGAAGAAGUACAAAGCAGGAUGGAAGCAAAUAUUUCCCCGACCCCAACGUUACCUGAAUUAACGCCUAAAGAAUUGGCUUUAGCUGGUUAUGAAAGUAUGCAGAAACUCUUGAUUGAAUUGUUUUCACAACAAAGCCAAAUGAAACCCGAAUGGUCCCGCAAAUGCCUUAUGGAUCUCAAUUGGGACUGCGAGGAAGCCUAUAAAGCAUUUCUGGCGCUGCGCGAUAAAAUACCUUCUGAAGCUUUUCAAUAA